CACUACUCUCCAUCGCAUCGCAGCCCCAUCCACCACUGCCUCCUGGCCCGAGGCCCUCCUCCUCGUUCGUCGCCACCCAAUAGUGCCGCCCAUGACCUCGUCUCCGGUCAGAACGAGCCUCCCCGAGCUCCUCCCUCCUCACACACUCGAGACCAGUAGCUCUCCUCGACCUGGCCACAGUAGCAGCCCCAGGCCGACCCCGCGCCCUCUCCCUCGGUCCCUCCUCCCCGUCCUUCUUUCUCCUGCUCUCUCUCUCACAUCUCUCUCUCGCGCGCGCAGGAGCUCUUCCCGAGCGAGAGCGCUCGCUCUAGCCAUCGACCGCGAGCCGCAGCUUGCCGGAGCAGCACCAGGCAGCAACCCCGCGCGCUAUGGACCCCCUGCUCGACCUUGGCUUCCCGCGCCUGUGCCGUUGUGCCUCGUCGUUGCCGCCUCUCCGUUCACGCCACCGCGCCCAAGCUCCACCGUCCAAGUCCCGCCGCUUCCCUCGUCUGCGUCGACCGCCCCAGCUCUUCUGCGCCACCAAGACCAGCCGGAUCUGGACGCCGGUGCCCCGUCCCAGACCUCUUGCGAUGCCCGCCGCCGGAGCUCCUCCUUGCCCGCGCACAGAGGACGCCAAGCUGUCAGCGCACCUCCCCAACCCUCUACCUCGCCUGGAUCUGGAUGGGUCCAUGCCUCCCCUGCCGCCGACGCCGCCAAGUCCCGUUGCAGCGGCUCCCCUGCUUCCCUGCUCGAUCUGCUGCUGCUUGCUUUGCUCGACCACGCCCCUGCUUCGUCCACACGCCUAGGCCUCCUCUGCUUCGGCCCAGCUGCUCCCCUGCAUCCACAAGGCCCAACGCCCUCCUUUGUAGAUGGGCCAAGCCCAUGGUGAGGCCAUCUCCAGCGCCUCUUCUUUUUUUUCCCUUGCAUUAUUGGGCCAGUCAGAUUCGGCCCAGUUCUUGUUUUUCUCUCUGCCGAACGAAUUUAGCUAUUGCUUUGUGGUGGAUUGUCCUCCAGAGGCUGAGGAUGAACUAGUACAAUGGGAGAACAACCUUA